AAGUCGCGCGACAGUUACGUCAUUCCUUUAUUAUUAUUUUUCCCCCUCCUUAUUCAAUGUGCGAUGUUACGAAUGAUGCAUUGUAGAUAUUAGAGCAAAGUGAUGCGAAUAUUUGCAGUGUUUUUUGGCUGGCAGGUUUGUCUCGAACGCCUAUGACCAUCUGAACCGACUCUGCAUGCCGUUUCUUCUUUUGACGGCGUUAAGCAUAUUUGAGAUUCUACCAAGAUGGCAUCUGCAGUUUUUGCUGACAAGGAAAAUGCAGAAUUGGGAAGGACUGGGUCUGCCAAAGUAAAUCCAAGACUGCAAUCAGCACCAGUUUCUAAAGGCAUUGGUUUUGGAGGAAAAACAUAUCACAGUCUCCACUCUGAAAACCUAAAGGGGAAACAAUCACAGUUGGUUCGCAAAGCUCUUGGAGCAGUGAACAAAACUGUAUCUUCAAAACCUGUGACUGCAACGAAGAAAGAUCUUUCUGGAUCAAGACCAAUUAAGAAGAUAAGUGCUCCAGUUAAGCAGUACAAAGACUAUACUGGGAUUGAAAAAAACAUUCCUUAUGAUCCAACAGAAUUUGAGGACUACUAUCAACUUCCUGAAGAUCAGAGUAUUGAUCACUUGUGUCUGGCACGUCUUGCAGUUCCUGCUUACAAAGAAGCUGAUGACUCAUUGGAUUUAGACUGUCCAAUGAAAUUGUCACCUCUGAAGAUGGUAAAAGAAACUGUUAACACAGAAGAUGAAUCUUUUCUGGAAACUCUCGGUGAACUAACAGUUUUUCUACCACCAGAUAUCUGAACUUUGUUUAUGUUGUAAUAUUUUUGUUGUGUUCAUAUAUUUCAAUUUCAGUAUCUUUUUUUUUUAAAUAAAGUUUCUUUUUCCAUUUAAUUUAAAUAUAGUUAUUCUGGAUGUUUAUAAUAGUUGAGCUUAGGAUUUUGUAAAAUGUAGCUUCUCAGAAUUGAAUUAAGCAGGUCUGAGAAUGUCUGUGUGUACAUACACAUGGUUAGCUAAUGCCUAGCACUACUGUCCAUUAACUCUGGAUUGAUUGAUUUUUGCUUACAUUCAGUGUUUGCAGGUCCUUCUGUUUUGACUGGUGGCCAGAAUAUCAAAAACCUUUUUGAAUGUUAAGGCACCAGCUGGAUGUCCCUGUUUAGUAAACGGAAUAAACAAAAACUUUGCACGGUGGCACAAACUAAAAGUGACAACAUAAUAGCCCAACAAAUAAACAUUUUUUUUCCCUUGAA